UCCCUUAGUCUUUACUAUGAUUGGCUACCAUCUAUAUAUCCCACAAUUCACUGCUAUUGGACUUCCUUUUUCCUUUCGGCCAUUUUCCGCCCAAGACGGAAAGUAGGCAACCAUGGCACCCAGCCGGAAUGGCAUGCUUUUGAACCCCCACUUCCACAAAGACUGGCAGAAGAGGGUGCGCACCUGGUUCAAUCAGCCCGCAAGGAAGACCCGCAGACGAAAGGCCCGUCAGAUCAAGGCUCGCCGGAUUGCUCCACGUCCUGUGGCUGGACCCCUUAGGCCUCAAGUCAGGUGUCCCACUAUCCGGUACCACACCAAAGUGCGUGCUGGACGUGGUUUCACCCUGGAGGAGCUCAAGGCUGCCGGCAUCCACAAGAAGACAGCCCGGACCAUUGGCAUCUCUGUUGACCCCCGUCGUCGUAACAGGUCAUCAGAGUCCCUGCAUGCCAACGUACAGCGUCUGAAAGAGUACCGCUCCAAACUCAUCAUCUUCCCCAGGAAGGCUUCUGUACCCAAGAAGGGAGACAGCACUGAGGAGGAACUGAAGAUGGCCACACAACUUUCUGGUGGCGUCAUGCCCAUUAAGAAUGUGCACAAAAAGGAGAAGGCCAGGGUGAUCUCUGAGGAUGAGAAGAACUUCAAAGCCUUUGCCAGCCUGCGUAUGGCCCGUGCCAAUGCUCGUCUGUUUGGCAUUCGUGCCAAGAGGGCAAAGGAAGCAGAAGCAGAGAGUAUUGAGAAGAAGAAAUAAACAGUUCAUUUUUCUGGACCUUGCAAAAUAAACAAAAAACAAAUGUCUGUUUGCUUUCAA